AUGAACAGUCAUGAAAACGAUAAUUGGAAGAAGAAUCUACGGCUCCCACCAAAAGAUUAUCGACCGCAAACAGAGGAUGUUACUGCCACAAAAGGAAACGAAUUCGAAGACUACUUUCUCAAACGCGAACUGCUCAUGGGCAUAUUUGAAGCAGGCUUCGAGCGCCCAUCACCAAUCCAAGAAGAAUCCAUACCAAUCGCACUAACCGGCCGUGACAUUCUUGCACGGGCUAAGAAUGGAACCGGCAAGACGGCUGCCUUUGUAAUUCCAAGCUUAGAAAAGAUAUAUGUUAAAAAGAACAAAAUCCAGGCGCUCCUUCUCGUACCGACAAGAGAACUUGCACUACAAACAUCUCAAGUGUGUAAAACUCUCGGAAAACAUAUGGGGGUACAAGUGAUGGUGACAACGGGAGGCACAACAUUAAAAGACGAUAUUCUCCGUUUAUCAGAAACCGUGCAUGUACUUGUUGGUACGCCUGGUCGUAUUUUGGAUCUUGCUGGAAAGGGCGUGGCAGAUUUCAGUGAAUGUCCGACAUUCGUUAUGGAUGAAGCGGAUAAGUUGUUAAGUCCAGAGUUCUCGCCAAUUGUCGAGCAGUUAUUGACGUAUUUCCCGGAAGACAGACAAAUAAUGUUGUACAGCGCUACUUUCCCUUUGAUUGUGAAGAAUUUCAAGGAAAGAUAUCUUGUAAAGCCAUACGAAAUUAACUUAAUGGACGAGCUCACUCUUCGUGGUGUCACACAAUAUUAUGCCUUUGUUAUGGAACGACAGAAAGUGCACUGUUUGAAUACGCUCUUUUCCAAGUUGCAAAUUAACCAAUCAAUUAUCUUCUGCAAUUCAACAAACCGUGUCGAGCUUCUUGCUAAGAAGAUAACGGAACUUGGAUACUCUUGCUUUUACAGCCACGCUAAGAUGUUACAAAGUCACCGCAAUCGAGUUUUCCAUGAUUUUAGAAAUGGUGUAUGUCGAAACUUAGUAUGUUCAGAUCUCUUAACACGUGGUAUCGAUAUUCAAGCAGUGAAUGUCGUAAUCAACUUUGAUUUCCCUAAAAACGCAGAAACAUAUCUUCACCGGAUCGGUCGAUCCGGCCGUUAUGGUCAUCUCGGUCUAGCAAUUAAUCUGGUAACUUAUGAAGACCGUUUCAAUCUCUAUAAAAUUGAACAGGAACUCGGAACUGAGAUUCAGCCCAUUCCACCAGUUAUUGAUAAAAGAUUUAACAUGAGAACUUCAACUCCUGGACGAUCUGGAGGUGUCAGUGUUAAAGCCGCCUCUUAA